ACUAAAAAUUUUAUUGUUGAGUAAUAAUUAAAUUAAAAAUGAGUACAAAAUCAAUGAGCUCAUGUGCUGAUGAUUAUUUUUUUAAUAUAAAUACACUUGCUCGUCGUAUUGGUGAUGACAUUGAAUCAACAAAAGAUGCAUAUGAAGGUUUAUGGAGUACUUUAAGUUUAACUGAAAAAAAUCAAGCAAUUGAUGAAAUAAUAAUUCAACCAGAGGUUGCUAUUAAAUAUACAAUUAAAAAUAUUGAUACAUGUAAUAAAGAUUUACCAGAAUGGUAUCCAAAAUUACGAAUCCAAACUGGUCUUAAACAUGUUAUUGAUGAGACUGGCUCGACAUUACGUUGGCGUGAUGAACAUUCUGGUCCAUUUUCAUUUAUGACAAGAUCACAAAUGAAUCUAAGUAUACUCGAUAAUUCUGAUAAACAAAUUAAUGAUUAUGAUCAAGUUUCACCACAUUUUACAAGUCCAAUCAAAAUUGAUGAUAGUAGUUUUGAUUGUAGUCUAACAGACUAUAGUCCAUCAUCAAAUCAAACAAGUUUUUAUCAAUCAGAAAGUUAUUCAGACAGUGUAUUUAAAACAAAUGACACAAGCAAAAUAAAUGACAAUACAACAACAAGUGGUAAUAUAUUUACAAAACUCAUGAAUAAAACAUCAUUAUCUAAAAAUCAAAAUGAUGAUAUGGAAAGUUUAGUACCACAACGUAAUAUUGUUAAAACAUUAAAUAAAAAUGUUAUAUUUACAAAUAACAAAAAUCAAAUUAAUAAUAAUAUUAAUGCUAGACAAAAAUCUGGUGAUAUUAAUGAAACAACAAAUCUUCUUGAUUCAUCAAGUUCACACAGCAGCUUCCAAUCAUCGCAAACAACUCAAGACGAUGGUAUUCCAAAGACUGGAUUUGAAUUUUUAGAUAAUUGGUAAUGAUUUAUCAAUCAACCAAGUAUUUACAACAAGUAUUAAGUAUAACCCAACAUUUAUAUAACAUUAAGUAUAUUAACUUUGUAUUAAUUUUUUUUUUUUAUACAUGACUCCAAAGAUAGCAUAGACUGAUUAAGCAGUUGAACAAUUUUUCAUUUAGAUUUUAAUUACUAAUUAAUGUACAAAUAACACGACUAUUAUGUCGAAUGAAUUUUUAUUUAAAAGUCAUUUAUAAUUGCC